AUGGAAAUGUGGAUCCGGAGAAGGUUACUUCGCAUUAGUCGGACUGAAAGUAAAAGACACUCUCCGAACAGUAGAGGAGACAAGAGUACUGAUACCGAUCGUCGGAUCAUGAAACGGAAGACUCACGAGACACUUAAUAAGACACGACCCCUUCGUGACCGGCGCAAUGGAAGGAAAACGCAACGGACGCGAAAGAAGAGCGACGCCGUGGAAGACAUUCGUAGGAGAGAUAAUCGAAACGGCCGGACGCGACGGGUAUUCGCAUAUGAAAAUUCCGGCGUUAAGGAGAGAAUAGCGGAAAUCUAUUUGUCGUUCACUAUGACGAGGCCCGGCCUUUAG